AUGGGAACCUUACAAACCGAUUUGAAUUCCGCAUUAUACGCGGUCAAACAAAAAUGUGUGGAUUUAGACGAACGCAUUCAAAUUGAGGAUACGGUAAUUAUUGAUUUUUUCUCUAAUUUUCCAUUUCAAUUCAAAAAAAAAUCAAUAUAUUACUUACAGAAGCCAAUAAAUCGUGGACGUGGAUUUUUGGGUGUCAAAAGAUACAUUUACGCUCUAACGACACAGGUAUUUUUCUGGUGGGAAUAUUUUGGAAGUUGGAAUUUUCUUUUGUUGAUAAAAGAAUUCCAAAAUUUUUGGGCGAAGAGUCAUAAAAUUGUUUGUUAUCAGGAAAAAAUUUGUGGUAUUAAACAUUUAGACAAAAGAAUUAAUUAGUCAUCAAAAAUUAUAAAGUGGAAUGUUUGGGGAACCUUAAAAUUACCUUAACUUGAUCUUUAAAUAUAUCAUCUCUGAAGUUACCUUAUUUUUGAGGGACCUUAAAAUUUGCCUUACACCGGAAAUUAUCCUUAAAAGUUACCCUGAAUCCCUUUUUUUCCAGAACAAAAAUGAGAGACGUGGAAGAAGUUUGACACGUGUCUACAUGGAGCAAAAAUAUUUUCGAAGCAAAUCGGCUCCGACAUCGGACCAAGUUCAAAGACAGGAAGAUUAUUCACAGGAUUAUGGGUGAGUAGAUUCAGAGUUUUGGUCUCAAAUUGUAGCGCAAAAAAUUUCAAAACUAAAAAAAUAUUCAAAAAUGUUAAAAUUCACUGUUUCAAAAAUUAGAUACAAACUUUGUCCAUUAUUUUUCAUCAGUUUUAAAUAAUAUCUUGUUCCACCGUUAAAAUAAAUUCACUGUUUCAAAAAUGGUACUAAAAAUUUUCAACUUUAUUUUUUUAUUUAUCAGUUUCAAAUUUGGAAAAAAAUGUAUUUCGAGAAUUUUUUCUCCAGCUAUCAGUUUGCAAAAUUUUUUAUGAAAAAAAUUCACUGUUUCAAAAAUUUGAUAGGAAUUUAUCAUUUUUUUUGUUUUCAAUGGACUAGUGCAGUUGAUGAAAAAAUUGAAACAAAAAUUCAAAUAUUUAAUCUUAUAAAUUUUCGAUAAAUCGAAAUUUACUGAUUUUCUUUUAAAAAAUCUACUGUUUCAAAUAGUUUAUGUCAGAUUAUCGAUUAUUUCAAUUUUCAAUACAUUCAAAAAAAUGAAAGAAAAAACUCAGUUUUUAAUUUAGAGCAAAUAGAACCUUUUUCGAAAUUUUUUCAAACCAACGCUUUUCAAAUUCCCGAAAAAUUCCCCAAAUCCCUCCUCCAUUUAUCUAACCUGAGCAAUCCCCUAAAUCUUUCAGACCAAACGGCGAUCUCCGUCUCGAAUUCACCGAAACCAUCAGUGCUCCCCUUUCCGAACUCAUCAAAGAAGACGAAUCACACGCAAAUCUCGUCGCAAAUCGUCUCCCCGAAGGUCACACUGAUUGGAAUCAUGAACUUCUAGUCUUCGAAGAAGAUGGAACAUCAGGCCGUCUUGAAGAUCGCAAAUUAAUCUUGCGAGCCGGUGACAACAUUCAAGGAGACAACGAGUUAACCGAAGUGGCCGAUUAUAUUUCUCAAAAAUUCUCAACAUUUUUCGGCGAGCAAAUUGAAGAGAUCAAAGUGAACAUCUCAAAAGAUCUCUCAAAAAGUUUGACGCAUUUGAACAGUGUUGAAGUUCGCAAUUUGGAAGCCUCCAAGAACGUUCAAAACACAACAACAUCACUCGGUGAUUUAUUCACAAUUGAAUCCAAACAUGAAUAUGAAUCACAAUACGGUAGAUAUACAAGUGGAUACGGUAGAUAUGGAGGAGGACCGAAAUAUGUUGAACAUAUUUAUACAACUCCAACAAAGAUUUAUGAUCGAAAUAAGAAAAUUGAGAAGAGAUCGAGUUUUGUGCCAAAAACUGAAGUGGAAAUGCCGGUGGGAUAUCAUAGUUAUUAUAAUCCGGCACAAUUUGUGUAUUCGAAUCCUUAUUCGUAUUAUAGUGGAAAUCUCACAAGGCCUCUGCAUUAUACAUACUCGCAGGUUAGUUAGUUGGGCUGGGCUUAGGCUUAGGCUAAGUCUUGCUCAUAAUCCCAGAGCACUCGGGCUUUCGGCUGAGAUCCUUAAGGCUCUGUAUAGCUCUGCAAGGCUCUGCAAGACUGUGCAAGAAUAUGAAAAGCCCUGCAAUUUAGGCUUAGGGUUUUUUACACUCGCGCAGAGCGCUCGAGCUUUUGGCUAGGGUUGCCUGAGGUCCCUAAGGCUCUGUAUAGCUCUGCUAGGCUCUGCAAGAGUUUGCAAGGCUCUGCUAGGCUUUACCAGGCUUUACUAGGCUCUACAAGGCUCUGCAGGGCUAUGAAAGGCUGUGCAAGGAUAUGCAAAGCUCUGCAAGGCCCUGCAACUUAGGUUUGGGAUUUUUUUUAAAUUUAGGCUUAGGCCAAUUUACACUCCCGCAGAGCGCUCACUAGGGUUGCUUAAAGUCCUUAAGGUUCUGUAUAGCUCUGCAAGGCUCUUUACACUCCUUUUUACUCCCUAAGGCCCCCGAAGCCUUCUAAAUGCAAUUUUUCCAGGAUCGCUUCGAAAAAUAUUCGGACUAUGGUGGUAGCGGACGUCAAAGUCGAGUUCAAGAAGAACCUCCAGCUCCAGAGCCAGAGCCAAUUAUCAUUGAGCCCGUCGCAAAACCACCAACUCCUGAACCAGAACCCGAGCCAGAACCAAUUGUUAUCCCAGAGCCCGAGCCUCUCCCCCUUCAUCGCUCGAACUUCGAAAUCGUCUCCGAGCCAUUCAUCACUCGAACCUAUCCUGAUUACUACGAUAAAUCCACGCAACUUAUUCUAACUCGUGCUCAAGAACAUGAACAUCAAAUUUUGGAGCUUCAACCGGUUUAUGAUGAGCCUUAUGAAGUGCAAGAAGUUAUUGAAACUUUUGACGAGGAACCGAUUUAUGAUGAGAUUCCGGUGCAAAAAGAGCCCGAGCCAGAGCCCGAACCACCUAGAGCUCUUUUCCGCUCUCAAGACAUCGAGCACAUCGAGUAUCUUCCCGAAUUCCCAGCUCUGCCACCUCCCGCUCCACCCAGAUCACCAACGCCACCACCAACCUACGACGAGUUGCCACCCUCUCCCCCACCUUCACCCGCUCCCGCUCCCCGUCAUCUCAAUGAUAUCUACGUUGGCCAAGAUGCCAUCUCUGUCUCGUUAUCGCCGAGUUUCGGCGUUUCGGAAGAUCAAAAACAUCUCGGGUUGGAGAAGAGUGUGUUGGUGAGAGUCAGAGAGAUGGAGGAGGCGGCGAGAGACGCAGAGGCGGCUAGAGAACGAGAGUAUGCCGAGAAACGAGCGAGAUAUGAGGAAUUGCAAUUGGAGAUCAGACAGAAUCGACCGGUUUAUGAGGAAGAGAUAGAGAGUGAGUUAGAGAUGCAGAGGACAUUGCUCAGAUCAGAGAAGAAUUAGAAAACUAGAGUGGUUAGGGACGCAGAGAAAUAUAGCAUUUCUCAUGUUAAACGAGGAUUGCUCAUGUUAGCGGACUAGUUUCCCAAAUACCUUGAAAACCUAGUCCCCUAAUCUCAAAAAAAUCUAACAUUGCUCAUAUUAUAAAUAUUCAGAACCUCAAAAAUAUCAAUCGGUGUCCACCGUAAAAGCGCGGUGCGACAAACGAAAAUCGCCCAAGCGUAAGUUUCUCGCUUCAAACUACAGUAGUUUAGCUACAGUAACCUGAUGUCCGAAGUACUGUAAUCUUGUCUGCAAGAUUAUGAGAUUACGGUCAUUUUGAGACCAAAUAAGGGUGGGUUACUGUAGGUAAUCGGCUUUCAAUUUUUAGUUAUGCUUCCCGGGUCUUACAGCGACUACAGUAACCUUAGUGACCGUAAUCAUUUGAUAGAGAAGAUUACCGUAAUUUUAAAACUAAAUGAUGCUGGGUUACUGUAAGUGGUGUACUGUAGGUACAGUAGACAAGCUUGUUUUCUUUAGUUAUGCCUAGAAACUAAAAAUGCUUUUUGGGUCUCCCGGCGAAUACAGUAACCCUUGGUCAAAAUUACGGUAGUCAGGGUUACUGUAUUUUCUUUGUCCGACCGUAAUCCAAUCAAUAUUUCCAGGCAAAAACACACCAGCUCCACCUGCACCUGAAAAACCGAGAAGAACCUGGGUUCCACCGCCAAAACUCGAUGAAUUCCCAGAAGAACAUAAAGAUGACAGUGAGUUAGGGAAACUCCCACAAAAGCUGAUCAAACUACAAACUUUUUUUGCAGAACCUUUGGGCCCAAUAAUAUUCCACGAAUUGAUGUAUAAUGAUAGUUAUUUGGCGAAAAUCUAUCAUGAAGAGCACAAUUUGCAAAGACCAAUUAGUCGACCUGUGAGUCGAGCAAUCAGUCGGCCAUCUACACCUGGUUUCGAGAUUCAGCACAUCGAUUUUCCGCGACAAGAUCCAUCUAGUGUUGCUCAAGAUGAAAAUGUGCGAUUUGAUGAUAUUCAUAGUCGAAUUGAGAAAUAUAAUGCAUAUGGAGAUCAAGAUUCUCAUAAUUAUCACAUUGAGAAGGUUUCUGAUGUGAUUUAUGAUAUUCCUCACCAUGAAAUCAUCGAAGUGCAGGUUUGUAGAAAAAAAAAUGAAAAAAGAAAAAGAAUUGCAUCGACCGGGAAUCGAACCCGGGCCGCCCGCGUGGCAGGCGAGCAUUCUACCACUGAACCACCGAUGCUUGAGAGUCUCGCCGUUGAUUUUCAUUUUUAUAGCCGCCUCUCGCGCCGUCUAUUCCUCCUCCUCAAGCAGUGGCGAGAAAUAGUGAGUUGAAUAAGAGAGACGCAGAGAAAAAAGAGAGAAAUUUGUUCAGAUUCGUUAAAAAGAGACAAUGCACCGCCACCGUUGGUUUUCCACCACGAAGAACACGAAGAAGAAACACACCGUGUAGUUGUUGAAGAGUCAAGAGUUUCAGCGGUUGAAGUGGGACACGUGAAGAAUUUGAGCAAAUUGUUUAGGUGAGGUUGGGGGACGAGGUUUUGCAGAUAAAAAACUAGUCCAGGGGGGGGAUGAAAUUUCGACAGGGGUAAAAAAUUAUAUUACUGUAGCUCAUCGCGCGAAAAAAAAAUUAUUUAAGUUUCGAAAUGUUAGCGCCAGAUGAGAAGAUUACUGUAGCCUGGUGUUUUUCCGCGAAAUUUUCCGAAUUCGAAUUUUUCAGCCACCCAGACGCCAAGCCAAUCACCACAGAACAAGUGAUAUAUCGUGUGAGAACAGUUCCACACGGACAUGUUCUCCAAUCACAAUCUCAAUCUCAUCCAAAAACCAAAACACUUCGCCGAAUUCCAUUGGAUGAAGUUGAGCUAACUCAUCAACAUCUACACCACGAAAUCCACCAUCAUCAUAACAAUGAUCAACAUAUUUCGGCAGCGAAUUCACCUCAAGCACAUAUAAAAACAACAAGAAUUCAUGAAGAAAUUAAUGGAAAUGUUGUGAAAGAUGUCGUUUUUCGAGAUGAUGAACCAGUUGUGAAAGUUAGAAAAGUUUAUCGAGCUGUUCUUGAUGGGUUUGUCUGAAAUUCUAGCUAAAAAAAAUAUAAAAGUGAAUUUUCCAGUGACCAUGAAUCCUCAAUCCUCUCUCCUCCAUUAUCACACCCAGGCGAAGAUUUCGAGCCUCUCUACGAUGUUCCAAAUGACGCCACCUGA